GCCUGCUCGCUGCAGGCCUCCAGCUGCCCAGAACCGCCCCUCCGCACGCGCGAGCCCCUAGCUAACAGAGCGGGGCAGGCGUCGCCCUGUGAGACUCAUCCCAGUUCUACGACAUGGAGAACGAACCCGGCGACGAGUACAUUCGGCGCAUCGCCAGCUACAUCAGGACGCACGAGCAGGGACUCGCUGCCGCUGCCAUUCCUCGGAGGCGGCGCGGAAAGCCUGCAGCAGCCGAACCUUCGGUCUUCAAUCCGCUGACCUGGUUCGCGUCCGAUGUUGCUGCACCCUCCACCGCGAAGCCCGUCAUCCUGUCGUAUGACAGUCACCAUCUCUUCUACCUCCUCAUGCGUCUCGAGGCACUGGGAAUAGACGUAGGGUCACUGGACGUCCGCGUCGACAGCCCGUCACGACCCAUGAAUUACAUCAAUAUCUUCCCCGCUUCUGACAAAUCGGAUGCGCUCUCCCUCAUGUCCUUCCGCUCGUCUCUCUCCGCUGUCUCGAAGUUGUCUCUGGGAGCAAGCUGGUUCCGUGCGCCACCGCCUAGUCUGGACACGGAGCUCAAGUACAUCUACAGCAGCUUCACAAAGCUGCCCGCGCUCGCACUCCAUGCUCCAGAAGCGAAGCUCAUUGCCGAGCUCGCCACCGAGUCCCCGAACGAGAAUGCACUACCUAUGGACGCCUUCAAGACUCUGCAGACGCUCCAGUGUACGGACAUUGACCCGAGGACCUUGCUCGGAUGGGACCGGUUGGCAGAGAGUCUAUGGAGCUUAACGAUCAAGAACAGCGGACUCGAGGACGUGUCGGACAUAUUCAUCGGUGCAGUGUUGGAUGACCAGGCCAGGAGGGAGGGUCGGGUGAAGGACUCACGAACGAGGACACUACCGAGGAGCCUCUCGCGCCCGCAUUCGUUCUAUAACGGUUCUCGUUUGCCCGAGUCGGUCCCGGAGGACGCUGAGGAUGAGGAUGAUAGUCCCCCACAGUCUAGUCUAGAAGACCCUUCGUCCAACCUUCAGGAGUAUCCGUCACCCACUGCUGAAACUCCGCCCAACGCUGAGGAUCAACUGCCUACGCCGGAGCAGACUCCGAAACCAUCGCAACCCACCGAACUACCCUCACUGAAGUGGGCAUUCUUGCGACAUUUGUCCCUCGCCGAUAACUCCCUUACGUUCGUUCCGACGUCACCACUACGCUAUCUCACCUCCCUAACUCACCUGGACCUAUCAUCCAAUUUGCUUGUCUCCGUUCCUCCCGGCCUUCAAUCGUUAUAUAAUCUCACCUCCCUUAACUUGUCCGACAACAUGAUCGACUCAGUGCUGGGCAUCUACACCGUGCUUGGCCAAGUGCUGUAUCUCAAUCUCUCGAAGAACCGACUCGAGUCAAUAUGCGGUCUCGAGAGGCUGCUCGCGCUCGAGCGAGUGGAUCUGCGUCACAACCUCCUUGAGGAGAGCGCAGAAGUUGGGCGACUGGCGACUCUGCCGAACAUCGCUGAAGUCUGGAUCGAAGGCAACCCCUUCACGGAGAUCGAGGAGGGCUACAGGAUCCGGUGCUUCGACCACUUCACUAAGGAGGGGAAGAGUGUCCUUUUGGACGGAGCACCGCCGAGCUUCUACGAGAAGAUGUACUUGACAUCGCCACCUCCACAGCAGAUGACCUCUUCGCGACCGCAAUCUGUCGCAUAUACCCCUCCAGUCGUGGCAGUGGGCAGCCCUGUCCGGAACGGUGCCUCGCCGAUGAAUGCCAGUCCACAGCCAGGGUCCUCAUCACACCCCUCCCCUCCUUCCAACGCGGCGUCGCCACACAUCGCUGCGGUGCACGCGAGGGGGCGCCGCAAGAAGAACAAGCGCAUUGUCGAGCUCGACGGAGAGCAUAGCACGAGCGACGCUGGCAGCUCAAGGACCACGUCGCAGGCUCGUGUGGGCUCAGAGGCUGGAGCACGGGCAGACAGGACACGUAGCCCGAAGUCCGCAAAGGCGCCUCUACCGUCAGCUCCGGAGCCCCCUUCUCAGGCAGGACCCUCCAGGGUGGGCGGCGAUCUGUCGCUGGCACUGGCUGCGGCACCCAUCACUACUGCCAUCGUCCGUCCGAUACACAAGUCACGGCACAGCAGGCACUUCACGGAGCACGCGCCAACGUCUUUCGCUAUGUCAGAGGACAACGCAGAUGCCGCACUGCAGCGAGGGGGAUCGCUGCGCAAGUCCGGGACGAUGUCGCGGUCGGCCAAGCGGCGCUCGCGCAUCUCUGCGUCGAUGUAUACACCUGCGGGGGAGAGCACGGAGGAGGUUGAUCAGUUCAAGGAGGCCGAUGCGUUCCGCGCACGAAUAGAGACCCUCCGGUCUGAUAUGGGCGACGGAUGGCUGAAGGUGUUUAAUCAGUCGCAGCUUAGUUCGCCGGGUGUCCCCUCUGGAUAGCACGGAUGGUAUUUAUUUUUCGGUCGUGUACAAUGCCUCGACUUUAGGAUAUUGUGUACUGCAUAUGCUCUAUAGGUGCUCAUAAUGGUGAUGCUGGAUUUUGAAACCGGGGCAUGAUGGGGUGAUGUC